AUGAAUUCUACAAUUACUGCAAAAUUUUACGAUGAGGAAUUCGUUCCGGGGACUACAAACAUUUUUAGUUCAGCCGACGACUCGUCUUUCGACUCGUCGUCGAGCGGCAGACCGGUGAAGAAGAAUAAGAAGGGGGUGAUUUUGUUGCCGCAGCCAUCAGACUCUCCCAACGACCCGUUGAACUGGUCGAGUCCGCGGAAAAUGUGGCAUUUCUUUAUCCUUUCGUUCAUCACUGGGCUCACGGCAGCGGUUUCCAAUGAUGCUGGGGCAGCGCAAGACUCAUUGAACGAGAUGUAUGGGAUUUCGUACGAUUCGAUGAACACGGGGGCCGGUGUAUUAUUCCUUUUCAUUGGAUGGUCGUGCAUUUUCUUUGCUCCUGCUUCGUCCUUAUACGGGAGACGUAUCACGUACUUGAUAUGUCUUCUUGCGGGUUGCUUGGGGUCUGUGUGGUUUGCGUUAUCGAGGAGGACUUCGGACACCAUCUGGUCGCAGGCAUUUGUGGGUAUGUCCGAAGCAUGCGCAGAGGCCCAAGUCCAACAGUCAUUAUCUGACAUUUUCUUUCAGCAUCAAUUGGGGUCUGUUUUGACGGUGUAUAUUUUGGCCACUUCGGUAGGUUCAUUCUUGGCUCCUUUGAUCGCUCAUUUGAUUUCACAAUCGCUCACAUUCAGAUGGGUUGGCUGGUGGGGUGCCAUAAUUUGUGGUGCUACAUUAAUCGUCUUAUAUUUCGGUUGUGAGGAAACGGUGUUUGACAGAUCGAAGUAUUUCCCCAUUUACCAAUCGUCUCGUUCGGUCGACCAUCAUAUUGAGGAGAACGAUAAACACGAAAAGAAUGAUGAAAAGGAAGCUGAAAAGGGACAUCAUAACGACGAGCCAUUGCAGGUUAGUCCAGAUGAAACCAAAGGAGUUUUCGCACCUAUUGAACACGAAUCACAAGCUUCAAAAGAACUGUUAUUACCAUAUCGUAAGAGAAUCGCAUUAAUUACACCAUCUCCUUAUUUGGAAGGCUUUGGGUUUAAACAAUAUUUACGAAGAUUUGUUAUUUAUUUCAAGGUAUUUACUCUUCCAGCUGUUUGGCUUUCAGGAUUAUUGUGGGGGUUACAAGAUGCGUACAUGACAUUUUUCUUGACGACUCAAGAUACUUUCUUUUAUGACGAUCCAUGGAAUUACACUGAGACUGGUGUAGCUGUUAUGAAUGUCGCAACUUUGAUUGGGGCUGUUAUCGGUUGUUAUAUGUCUGGUGUUCUUUCAGAUAAACACGUUUUAUGGAUGGCCAAGCGUAAUGAUGGUGUAUCAGAACCGGAAUUCAGAUUAUGGUUAUUAUUCAUUACCUUGUUGAUUUCUCCUGCCGGCUUAAUUAUGUUUGGGGUCGGGGCCGACAAAGUGUGGCCUCGUGAAGCUAUAUACGUCGGUUUAGGUUUUAUCGGUUUCGGUUGGGGUUCGAUUGGUGAUACCGCUAUGUCAUAUUUGAUGGAUUCAUAUCCUGAUAUUGUUAUUCAAGGUAUGGUUGGGGUUUCAAUUAUCAACAAUACUUUAGCCUGUGUUUUCACAUUUGUUUGCUCGUAUUGGUUAGAUGGUUCAGGUACCGCAAACACAUAUAUUGUAUUGGCCGUCAUCGAUUUUGUUUCUAUUGCCUUCAUCAUUCCAGCAUUAUAUUGGGGCAAGUCGUGGAGAAGAAGAACAAAGAGAAUUUAUAUCUCUUUGGUUGAAUUAACCCAAGGUAUGGGUUAG